CUGUUGAAACUCUCGAAGCAGAACUUGUGAAUGUCAAGGCGGCACACGAGGUAAAAGUUGCUGAGCUUGAGAACAAUCACAAGGAGGAAUUGAAGAAACUGGAAGAAAGAUACAAAGGAGAAAUUGUCAAGGUUCAGUCUGCUGCAACAGAAACUGCUGCUGCACGCGAAGCCAAGCUCGCCAAACAGGUUGCCACUGCUGAAAGGGCAUAUCAGGAAGCGGCAGAGACUAUCGCUGCAAUGGAAACUGCUAAGAUGACUGCGAUGGAGGAGCUGAAGGUUACGCAUGCAGCUGCACUUGAGGCUGCAAAGCAAUCUUAUGCAUCUGCAAUUCAGGCUGCAGAGGCCGAGAAGAUAUCAGCUGUGAAAGCAGCAACGGAUAGUGCGUCAAGGAUUGCUGAGGAUAUUCAUCAAAAACAUGCUGCUGCUCUAGUUGAGGUUGAAGAAAGAGUCACAAGGAUGGCGGCGAAAAGUGCUGAUUUAAAAUUGGUCGCUGCAUCAGAAGCUGCCGAGAUGGACAAGGUGGCUGCUCUCCAGGCUUUGGAGAUUUCUCAUGAGAAGGCUAUGCGUGCGCUUCAGGCGGACCUGGUUGAUCGCCUUCACAAAGAAAAAGCCAUUGCACUAGCCAAUGCUGAGAAUGAAAAGAUCGCUGCUGUUGCCGCAGCCUCGGAAUCUAACACAAGAGACGCUGUGUUGAAGCUCAAGGAAGCGCAUGCUGAAGAAAUUCGAGAGUUGGAGAUGACGCACGCCGAAGUGUUGGCAAAGGCAGCAGAGGAGCAAACAAGGGCUGCCAGCAUCAGACUGAAAGAGGCUAUCACAGAGGCUGAGUUGCGUGCUAAUACUAUACUUACGAAGCAGAGAGAGACACUUGAAUCUGCAGCAAAGGCUGGUAUGAGAGCACAGGAGAAAAUGCUAGCCUCUGCAGAGGAAAAGCUCACCUGCCUGAAAGCAGAACUGACUGCUGCUAAAGAAGCUGGAAAUGAUGCCGAGGCACGUGCAGCUAAAUGUGAGGCUGCAGCAAAAGCAGCAGUGAUUGCCGCUAAAGCAGAAUUAGAUUUAUUGCGUGAAGAGAGCUCCAAAGCUCACGCUGCGGAGCUUGACGCGCUGCGCGCUUCUCUCGAGGAGGAGGCAAAACUGGGACAUCGCUCCGCCGCAAGUUCGGAUGGCAAGGUGCUGGAGCUUCAGUCCAUCAUCGCUCGCCUGUCAGGUGAACUUGCUGCGGCAAAGAACUCUGCCGAUGUUGCAGAGCCACCAAAAACAGCAUCAAAACGUGGACGAAGCAAGCGCGCCGCGACUCCUGAGCCUGAACCCAACGAUGUGAAGUAUGAGAAAUCAGUCACAAGGAGUGUAUCCAAGAGUCGGAAGCCCCUCAGUUCAGUUUCCGCUAAUGUUGAUGUGGGUGAGGACAACGCGUCUGACGAGUUGGUACCAACAAAGCGUGCAAGAGGCACACCCAAGACAACAAUGCGAGCAAGCUGACGUAAGGGUUAGUAAACAAGCUAUAGAGUGCUACU